AUGGCAAUCUUCGAGAAUAAUCAAAGGCUUGCCUAUUUUGACGUGUCUCUAAAUUUGAUACAAGGCGAAUUUCCAAAAAACUUGAGCAGUCUUUGUAAAUUGCAAGUGGUACGAUUAUAUGUUAACCACUUCAAUGGGAAUAUCACUAGCAUUUUAGGUGGUGCUCUUGGUUGCGUACAAAGUAAGUGGAAGAUCUUUAGUGUUUUUGACAAUAAUUUUAGCGGUGACCUACCAAAUCAAUUCGGAGAUUUCAAAGAACUAGAGGUCCUUGAUCUUUCAGGGAACUCGAUUUCUGGUUCUAUUCCUACUAAUUUGGGGGAGCUAUCAUCUCUAAGAAACUUGUAUCUAAGCAAUAACAAAUUGAGCGGGACCAUUCCAGAGAGCAUUGGGCAACUAUCGAAUUUAAAGGAGCUCCAUUUUGAGCAUAAUCUAUUGUAUGGAAUUGUUGGCGAACUUCACUUUGAAAAUCUCAAAAGCCUGACCAGUUUAGACAUUUCCUCUAAUAAGCUCAUAUUAAAUGUGAGCUCUGCCUGGGUUCCACCGUUCCAAGCUCGUGACAUAGAUUUGUCGGAUUGCAAAGUGGGACCUGAAUUUCCAAGAUGGCUUCAAACACAGAGGAACAUUACCACUUUGUCGAUGUCAAAUGUGAGCAUCUCAGGCGGCAUUACUGAUUGGCUCUACAACAUUUCCUCUAACAUUGAAUCUUUAGAUAUCUCAAGCAACAUGCUUAGAGGCCAAGUUCCCCGAGAUAUUGGAGACAAGAUGCCACGAUUAAGAGUAUUGAGACUUUGGGGUAAUAAUCUCACCGGCGGCAUUCCGAGUUCUUUGUGUAAGUUGAAUAGGCUGUUUGAAAUUAAUCUCUCAAAAAACCAACUGUCUAGGAGACUUCCUCGAUGUUGGGGAGCAUUGCAAGAUUUGUGGGCUUUUGCAUUUGGGGAUAACCAAUUAAAUGGUCAGAUUCCGAAAUCCUUUUGCCAUCUUCAGCAAUUAGCCAUUCUUAGCCUAAGGAGGAAUGGCUUUACUGGAGAAAUCCCAAUCUGUUUGUCAAAUCUACCGCUUUUUUUUAUUGAUCUUAGCGACAAUGAAUACACGGGUAGGUUACCUCCAUUUGGGAAACAUUCUCCAUAUUUGGCAGUGAUCAAUUUAGAGAAAAAUCGCCUUGUUGGAGGCAUUCCUCCACAAUUUUGCCAACUUCGCAAUCUCCAUUUCUUGAGCCUAGCACAGAAUAACAUUUCUGGACCCAUUCCCAAUUGUAUUGACAGCUUCUCGUCUAUGGUUGAUUCUGUGUAUUUUGUGGUUUUUCUGACCAUGAACACUCUCAAUUUCGUGGUUAACACAAAGGGAACCAGCCAAAUAUUUGGCGAUGUGCUUACAUUCUACUUCUCGAUCGAUCUUUCUGCAAACAUGUUGGGUGGGCAGAUACCAGAAGAGUUCACUAGGCUCGUCGCACUUCAAAAUCUGAACAUCUCUCAGAAUAACUUGAGCGGACACAUCCCCUCAAACAUCAGUGACCUGAAACACUUAGAAUCUCUUGAUCUUUCCAGAAACAAACUAUCAGGUACCAUCCCUUCGGGCAUAUCCAGCAUGGACUUCCUUAGUCAUCUCAAUCUGUCCUUCAAUAGACUCUCUGGCCCUAUUCCGUCCGGCAAUCAUCUACGAACCGUGGACGAUGAAUCUACUUAUCGUGGCAACAGCGAACUCUGUGGAGCUCAUCUUCCGAAGAUUUGUCUCAGAGACGAGCCACCCAGUAGUGAUGGGCACGACGGUAGUGAAGAUAAGCCUAGCGAACGCGAUUUGGACAUCCACAAUUGGUUCUAUGCAGGAUUGGGACCGGGUUUUACAGUGGGAUUUCUGGGAUUCUGCAGCAUCUUGCACUUCAAGCGAUCUUGGAGGGUCUCUUACUUUCGAGCGAUGGAUAGGGCCAUCGAGAAAUUCUCAAUGACAAUGAUGAUCACCAUGUUUUGGUUCAAGAGAACAUUUCGACAACGCGAAUAG